UGCGGACGGUUUGACCUUUGACCUGGUUGUUGCAUUCCAGAGAGGCUUGUCCUGCAGCAGCACAGUCAUCCCUUUGGUCCACACGGCUUCUAUGCUAGAAAGACUAUGUAUGUUGAGCUAAUUAAGACCGAGUAGCGAUUCUGAGAGACUCGCAGACACCGCAGCGUUGAGCCGAGCUAAAAGGAAGCUCUUGACUGGCAUCUGCACAGUUAUCCCAUAGCUUAGUUAGCAUUUUUGCUAAACAACUAAACCGCCAUCGUAUUUUGAGGUUGCUUUGUAGACACACAGCGACUAGCCGCAAACACCAGCGCAGAGGAAAUGAAGGACAAACAAAAGAGAAAGAAGGAGCGGACCUGGGCUGAGGCUGCUCGCAUGGUUUUAGAAAACUUUUCAGAUGCACCCAUGACUCCUAAACAAAUUCUGCAUGUCAUCCAGACCAAGGGGCUGAAGGAGAUGAGAAGUGGUACAGCUCCUUUGGCCUGCCUGGUCACCAUGCUGCAUUCCCAAGUGAGAGGGGAUCGAGUCAAGAACAGUAUCUUCUUCAAGCUACCUGGACGAAUGAGUCUUUUUACUCUCAAGAAAAACGCUCCCCAGUGGACAAAGGCAACCUCGGAGUCAGAGACACCAUCAGAGCCGGCUGGGGGUACGACACCCCCAGCUUCCAGCAGCAGCACCCCGGCAGCAGGCUCAGCCGUGGCCCCAGUUGGUCCCACUGAGGCCACUGAACAGGAGAGCUGCGACUCCACUGAGACUACUGCUGCUGCCAGUGUGGACAAUGAUGCUUCGGUUGAUGAGAGUUCAUCCAGCGCCUCCUGCUCCGUGGAGCUACAGGCUCCAAGCAGCCAGCCUCAGACUCGCCUCAGCAGGUCAGCAGGACAGCAGGGUCGCACUGACACACAGCAGACCCAGCACGCGCAGACCAGACUGAGCCGCUCAAGACAGUCAGGAAGGCAGAGGAAGAAAGCUGUUAUGAUGCCUCGCGUCGUCCUCACCCCUCUUAAGGUGAAUGGAGAGCAUGUCCCCUCAGGUCCCAUGAAGCGGAGUCGGGGAGGGGUGGAUGUAGACUUUGAAACGCCAGGCUCCAUCCUGGUCAACACCAACAUCAGAGCUCUCAUCAAUACGCGGACAUUCUUAGCUUUCCCGGUACACUCACAACAGCAGCUGCUGCAGCUGCUGCCUGAGGUGGACCGACAAAUUGGACCUGAUGGCAUGGCCAGACUGAGCAGUUCAGCUCUUAACAAUGAAUUUUUUACCCACGCCUCCCAGAGCUGGAAAGAGAGGCUGGGUGAUGGUAAGUUUCUGGUCAUUCAUAGACAGAUUGCCAUGCUUUACUGACUUCAUCACUGUUCUUCAAUAGGGUUUGACAUAAUCAAUGGCCCAAUGCCCCAGAGCCAGUAAAACAAGAUUGUUAGGCAAGUUGUUUGGCCAUCUGCUGUUUGCUCCAGUGGCCGUGUUUCCACCUAUUGCAAUUCCACAACUUCCUGUCUAAAAGGAAUCCUCACUCACACGUAGUUUCUUCUUCAAUUUAGUAUGAAAUAAAAAGAGACUUCUUAGUGACUGUGAGAACAGGAUAAAAGAUCUUCAAUGAAUUUAUUUCAAUAUAGUUUUCAGACUGUAAAAAUGUAUUUAGGAAAUCAUGCAAAACGUUUUUAACCCAAGCAGCAUCUAUUUAUCUGAAUGAAAAAGGUUUAUAGCACUGAAGAUGAUUUUAUCAUAGUUGCAAUUUGUGGUGCAGCAUCUCUUCUGACACAGCAAGCUCAAAAACGACAGCACAAAGAUCAUGAACCUAGGUGGAGUGAAGGAAACAUUUUUCUUUUUCAAUGGUGUUUAGUAGAGCAGGGCGAUAUGACCAAAAAUAUUUAUCACGAUAUACAUUUGAAAAUUUGCGAUAACGAUAUA